AUGGGCUCUCCAGUUGCUCCAGCCUACGCUAAUAUCGUCAUGGCUUGGUGGGAGCUUGAAGUUUUGCCUUUAUUAAAACAGAAAUUUAAAGUGGAAUUUUUUUGCAGGUUCAUUGACGAUUUAGUGUUUAUUUUGGAAGGGGGACCGGAUAUUGUUGACCAAUUUAUGGUUGAGGUGAAUUCACUUUCUAGGUUUUUGAAAUUCACUAAAGGUGAUGUUGGUUCAGCCAUUAUUCACCUAUGGUGGGAUUCUAUUGGUUGUCAGUUUCAAAGUAAAAUUCAUCGUAAAGAGACAUUUACCAAUGGAUACCUACAUUUUUCCAGUGGGCAUCCCAAAUACAUGAUCAAAAACAUUCCUAAGGGCCAGUUUAUUCGAGCAUGUCGUUUGACCACCAGAGAUUGUGAUUUGUCCAGUGAAUUUAAUUUUAUCAUUGAACUGUUCUCCAAAAGAGGAUAUGACAUCACCUUGUUGGAUAGAAAAGCCAAUGAAGUUCUUGACAGAUGCUUGAUGGACUUUCCUGCCAUUUUAGGUGGUCCAUCUAGUGGUACCAUUGGAUCUACUUUCGAUAAAUCUGUUGGUUUGAGUAGUUCUAAUUUAAUUUGUUCAUUCGAGAUGAGUGACGACAGUUUUUAUUUUUCUUCUAUUUUGGAAAACAAUUGGAAAGUUAUCAAGGGUAAUUCCGAAAUACAUAAGGUUUUGGGUGACAAACCAAAAUUUGUAUUUAGUGUUCUGUACUACCGCUUUGCUGUUGCCAUGAUGUUUGCGGUCAGUGAAAUAAACAGAAACCCUUACCUGUUACCAAACCAUACACUGGGCUAUAUCAUGUAUGAUUCAUGCUAUGCAGAAGUGAGAGCACUGGAGGUCACAAUGAGACUGCUGUCUGGGGAGAAGCUGGUCCCAAAUUAUCACUGUGGGGGUGAAUCAUGGCCACUUGCCAUCAUUGGGGACUCACCAUCAGCGUCAUCUCUCAUAAUGGCAAGGCUACUGGGAAUCUACAGAUUCCCACAGAUUAGCUAUGGGUCUGUACUAGCCCUCUUGGGUGACAAACAACAAUUCCCUUCUUUUCUUCGCACUAUAAGCAACUUCACUGUUCAGGUAGAGGGCAUCAUUCGGCUGAUGAAACACUUUAGCUGGACAUGGAUUGGCAUUCUGGCCUCUGAUAAUGACAUAGGAAUAGAAGCUAGCCAGGGCUUGCUGCAGGAACUUGCUAAGAGAGACAACUGUGUAGCUUUUCUAGAAAUACUACCUGCAUACAAUUCAAAGAGCAGACUCCGACAAAUUGUUGAGAAGAUCAAGGCACCAUCAGUGAAGGUGAUAAUUGUCUAUUCCACACAGUUGUACCUUAUACCAUUAAUGGAGGAAGUCACAAUGCAUAAUGUGAGUGACAAAGUCUGGAUUGCCCCUACACAUUGGGCAAACUCUUUAGUGUUUUAUAACAAAGAGAACUGGAAAACAUUAAAUGGAACUUUAGUUUUUGCAAAGUACAAUCCAGAAAUUCCUGGGUUCCAAGAAUUUGUGCAGAACAUUACUCCUUCUCCAGCAAAUAAUGAUAAUUUUCUGAAUCUUUUCUGGGAAACAGUUUUCCACUGUAAAUUGUUGUCUAACAAUAACACAGCAAUAUCUCCAGGUAAAGCCACUUCAUUUUGUACAGGGGUUGAAAGUCUGAAGAAACUACAGACUUCAGUAUUUGAAUCCUACAGCUUCCAGGAAUCAAUCAGUGCAUACAAUGCUGCAUAUGCUAUAGCCCAUGGGCUGCACAACCUGUUAUCCUGUGAUUCUAAGGAUGGGAUACCAGAGAAUGUAUCCUGUGCUGCUGUCACAAAUCUUCAUCCAUGUCAUCAAGCGUAUACUAGAGGAAUGUAUAUUAUCUUCCUAACCUUUUUUUUUUACUUUGAGGUCCCUCGUGCUGUGUGCAGUGAAAGCUGUGUUGCAGGAUAUAGGAAAUCCAUGCGCAAGGGACAGCCUAUAUGCUGUUUCGAUUGUGUCCCAUGCUCUGAAGGAGAAAUAUCAAACCAUUCGAAUAGUAAUGACUGCACAAGGUGUGUAGAUGAUCAGUGGCCAACCUAUGCUCAUGAAAAGUGCAUUCCUAAAACAAUCGAAUUCCUCUCCUACAAGGAACCAUUGGGAGCUUCUUUAGCUGCUACCAGUAUAAGCUGUGCCAUCAUUACUGCUUCUGUCCUCUGCAUCUUCAUCAAAUUUAAAGAAACACCAAUUGUCAAAGCCAACAACCGAGACCUAAGUUACCUGCUUCUGUUUGCUCUUAUUCUCUGCUUCCUGUGCUCUUUGAUAUUUAUUGGCUAUCCAAAAACAGAAACAUGCCUCCUUCGUCAAGCUGCUUUUGGUGUUAUUUUCUCAUUCUGUGUUUCCUGCAUAUUGGCUAAAACAAUUACAGUCAUCAUUGCUUUCACUUCCACCAAACCUAACAGCCCUAUGAGGAAAUUGAUGGGAACUAAGACACCCGUCUCUGUGAUUAUAUUCUGCUCAUUGAUCCAAGUUAUCAUAUGUGUUGCCUGGCUUUCUACUGACCCCCCAUUUCCUAAUGCCAACAUGGUCAUAAAGCCUGGAACAAUCAUUAUGGAGUGUCAAGAAGGGUCCUCAACUGCAUUUGGUUGCAUGCUGGGAUAUAUGUUUUUUCUCUCCCUUACUUCUUUUGCAAUCGCUUUCCUGGCAAGGAAGUUACCCGCUACUUUUAAUGAAGCACAACUAAUAACCUUCAGUAUGAUUGUUUUUGUCAGUCUCUGGGCUUCUUUUAUCCCAGCUUACCUCAGCACUCAGGGAAAAUACAUGGUUGCUGUAGAAGUAUUUGCUAUCUUGGCUUCUGGCUCUGGAUUGCUCUGCUCAAUAUUUGUUCCUAAGUGUUACAUUAUUUUGUUGAAGCCAGAAAAGAAUACCAGGAAACACUUAACUGGCAAGACAGACCAUAAUACUAUGAAAUGA